GCCUUGGGAAGCAGCAGUACCAGCAGCAGAAGCAGCAGCAGCAGGAGGAGGAACAGCAGCAGCAGCAGCGGAGGGAUUUGAGUGCAGCGGUAGCGAGAGAGUGGGCGGCGGAGGAGCAAGGUGCCGUGGCGCCACUGGUGCACCGACAACAGUGGCACAUCACGUGGCUGCGCGCGGAAGGCGCGGAGACGGAGGCGGAGGCAGAGGCGGCGGGGGAGGAGGCGGAGGCGGAGGCGGAGGUGGGGGAGGGGGCGGAGGCGGAGGGGGAGACGGGGGAGAAGAAAGAGGAGAAGCCAGGGAAGCGGGAGAGAAAGCGAAAUGAGAGGAAGAAGGAGCUUGAGCGAGGGGGUGCGGAUGGUGUGGUGGCGCAUGAGAGGGAAAUGGCUACCGCGGAGAGUGCGGGGGGAGGAGGGGAAGCGACCGCAGGCACCAAGGGCGGGGACGGGAAUGGGGAUGUGGGGGGGGACGGGAGGGGAGACGGCGCGAGAAGACCGACACAUGGGGUACGGAGAGAGGAGGGAGAAGGACAUGGCGGGGUGCGUGUGCAGAGCGCGAGUUCGAUGGGCGGAAGUGAGAUAGUCGCAGAGAGUGAAGGUGUGAUAGUGGCGGCUGAAAGGGAGAACGGGGAUGACGGGCUGAAGGGAGGAGGCGAGGAGGGAGGUGUGGGGGGGGAUGGAGAGGGUAAGGCUGAGACGACGCAUGGAAGCCUUGCGUUUGAGCAACGGCGAAAGUGCAAUCCGUUUGGUGGUGCUGGUAGUGGUGGUGGUGAGGGUGACGGCGACAAUGACGACUGCCUGCACGCUCACAUACACGCAUUGCAGGGCCCUACUGCGGUUUUCCAUGCUGCUGCUGCUGCUGCUGCUUCUGAGGCGCCUAGAAAAGUCGCCGCUGCUGCUUCUUCUGCCAGUGCAGCGAGCACUCACGCCGCCUCUUUUAAGACGUCUCCUCACGCCUCGUCUCAAAAGCCUUCUUCCGGUGCAGCGGGCGCUGACGCCGCCUCUUCUUCUUCCUCCUCCUCCUCCUUUUCGCAGCAGAUCCAUUCGAGCAGGAGGCAGUGGGGGGAAGGAGCGCAAGGAAUGGAGCAUUUCGAGGAGUCGCAAGGGCUCUCUGGCGUUACUGUCGAGAAUUCUCAAGAGCAUCUUGAGGAGUCGCAAGGGCGCUCUGGUGUUACUUUCGAGAGUUCUCAAGAGCUUUCCGAGGAGCUGCAAGGGCACUCUGGCACGGAGCAUUUCCUGGAGGUGGUUCGAGCGGAGGAGAGGAAAGCAGCAGCCAAGAGAGCGGCGGGCGGAGCAGACGACAGCGGAAGGGCCAAACGAGAGGUCCCGCCCCCCUCCCCCUCCCGCUCCCCCUGCCCCCCCCCGUCCCCCUGCACCCCCUGGCAAUCCGCGCCCAUCCUCUUUAUAAACAGACCCUGGGAGAUCACGAAGCGCCUCAAGUACCCACCGUCCACCACGGUCCUCCUUAUAUUAAACGCCUCCUUGAACCUCCCCUUUGGUAUCGUUUUCAACGCCUCCUAUUCCUGUACUAUUCUGAGAUCCGCCAAGCCUGGGGAAGGGGGGAGCAGUGGGGCGGACGGCGCAUGGGGGGGGUUUGUGGGGCUGUGGCAGAGAACAGCAAGCAGUGCAACAAGCGGAGUGGCAAGUGGAAUGGCAAGCGGAGCAGAAGCAGCAGGAAGGGCAGAGGCAGCAGGCACAGCAGGAACACAGACAGCUGCUUUCUGGGAAGAAGGAGCAUCAGAUGAAGGGGUGGACUGGGAAGGAGUGAGAGGAGAGGGGGUGGCGGAAGCAGCAGCAGCAGCAGGAGUAAGGGCAGAGGCAGCGGGCACAGCAGGAGAAGCAGAGUUGGGAGAUUAUUGGGAGAUAAGCAAGGUGAGAUGGGGAAGGAGGCAGGAGGGUGGAGGAGUGGGCAGGAAAGGGGGAGGCGGGAAGGGGGGAGGCGGGAAGGGGGGAGGCGGGAAGGGGGGAGGCGGGAAGGGGGGAGGCGGGAAUGGGGGCGGUAGGAAAGGGGAAGGUGGGAAGGGAGAGGCUGAGGGAGGGGGGGAGCGAUUCGCAUGUAUGCCUCAUCAAUCAUGCACUUGCCAUCCAUGCCUGCAUAGGCUGCUGCAGUCAGCUCUAGCCCUCAUUCUCCCCGUCCCCGUUUUCCUCCCCAGGGCCAAGUUGUACGGGCGGAUAGACAUGCUGCGCGUGAUGGGGGCUCGGAUCGAUGGCAUGUUGAUCACAUCCCUGGAUGUUGACACGUCAGCAGGGGCUGUCCACGUGUUGACACGCCGAUCAUUCUCGACUCACGGGCGGUCGGUGUCACAGUCACCAACAACCUCAUCCACUCCUGCUGCUCUUGCCGCGAGAUUCGAGGCGCCUGAAAUCUGUGCUCUAUCUUCCACUCAUUCCUCUGCAGGUGUUGACGCGCCGAUCAUUCUCGACUCGGGGGCGGUCGGAGUGACAGUCACCAACAACCUCAUCCACUCGUUCGGAUCGGCUGCGAUUCGGUGCGGUGCGGGUGGGUACAGCCAGGGCGACUGCAUGCUAUCCGCGAUCUCCUAUAACUCCAUUCAGAGGAGGGGAGGCGUGCCUGGUGGUUCUGCCAAUGGGGCUUCUGUUGCUGCUGCUGCUGCUUUUGCUGCUUCGGCUGCUUCGGCUGCUUCUGCUGCUGCUUCGGCUUUCGAUGGUGGAGGGAUUUACAGUGCUGGUGCUACUGCUGCUGCUGCUGAUGAUGAUGAUGAUGGUGAUGGUGGUGGUGGUGGUGGUGGUGGUGGUGGUGGUGGUGGUGGUGGUGGUGGUGGUGGUGGUGGUGGUGGUGGUGGUGGUGGUGGUGGUGGUGGUGGUGGUGGUGGUGGUGGUGGUGGUGGUGGUGGUGGUGGUGGUGGUGGUGGUGGUGGUGGUGGUGGUGGUGGUGGUGGUGGUGGUGGUGGUGGUGGUGGUGGUGGUGGUGGUGGUGGUGGUGGUGGUUAUGGUGCUGGGGAUGAUGGUGGUGUGGGUGUUGGUAUGCACGCAUGUCAGCGAGAUGAGGAGCAACUGCACGCCGUGAAUUGCGUGUUUGGCAGGGAGGGAGAUAUGCUGCUGCGCCAGCAGCUGGUAGUAGCAGUGGUGGCAGGGCAGCCCCACUGGCAUUUACUUUGCCACACCACAGGUUGGCUCAGCCCAGGCUCAGGACCCCAGGCAACCGUGCGCAGUGAAACUACGUCUUUGGCACCGAGAGCUGCUACUGGAUGGGCGAGCAUGCGAUGGGCUUGGGAAGAGAGCUGCUUCUGGGUGCUUGGUCCGUACCGUACUCAACCACCCAGCACCUCCGGUCCUGUCCUUCCCACCCCCCCCCUUCUUGCUCCAGGCAAUCGUGCGCAGUGCAACUAUGUGUUUGGUACCGAGAGCUGCUACUGGAUGGGCGAGCAUGCGAUGGGCGUGCGCGUGAGGGGCGGUGCGUGUGUGCGCACCCCCCUGGGCGUGGUUAUGGAGAAUGGCAAGAGGAACGACGUUCGGUGGCUGAUAAUGCGGGCCAGCGGCAGCACACCAGUGACGCUCUCGUGCACACAGCCCCAAGUGUUCAACUGUGGCAGCCCCAUCGGGCGCUACUGGGAGGGCAUGCGCCGCUCCUACUACCGAACGCCUGCAUUCACCUCUGCCUUCCCCUGGCUGUCCAACAUCUGCCAGCAGACUGACAUCAACGGCACCCAGUGCUCCCUCACCCCUGCGCCCCCUGUUGCUGCUCCUCCUGCCCCUGCGUCUCCCCACCCUCCUCCCCGUCCUGCUCCCACUCCUUCGCCCCGCCCCAUCUCCUUCAUCUUUUCCUUCAAGCCAGCUCUCCACCAUAACACCACCCAUCGCAUCAAAACACCUGCCCUCUCUCUGCCUCCUCCUCUUCCUGUUCGUAUGAGGGAGGGAUGGUUUCGCCUGGAAGGGAGCAGCCGUUGGUGCAUCCUUCUAAGAUGUUUCGUAUCAGCACGGCCAAGCUGGUGUUCCCUGGCUCCUCUUCUGCUUCCUCCUCCUCCAGCGCUGGCAGCAGUGGCAGCAGCAGCAGUGGCAGCAGCAGUGGCAGCAGCAGCAGUGGCAGCAGCAGCAGCAGCAGCAGCAGUGGCAGCAGCAGCAGUGGCAGCAGCAGCAGCAGCAGCAGUGGCAGCAGCAGCAGCGGCACAUCCUCAGGCCACCUGGCGACUGCAGCGGCAUACCCACUGA